AUGCAACAUAUGAGAUCAUUAUCAUUGCCUGAUAGUAUGGAUUCUUCACUAUCAAAUAAUCCAAAUCAGCAACAAAAUUCAACUAUGAUAAAACCAUUUGAUCCAUCAGAUAUUGAUAGUCCAGGAUUUGAUCCAGAAACUUAUGUAACAAAAUUAUUACGUGAAUCUCGAUUAACCGCUUUGAUUGAUAAAGAACAAUUAUUAACAAAACAAAUCAAAAUCUAUGAUAAUGAAAUGCAAACAUUAGUAUAUGAAAAUUAUAACAAAUUUAUAAGUGCAACUGAUACAAUUCGACAAAUGAAAAAAGAUUUUAAAAAAAUGGAAGAUGAAAUGUCAAAUUUAAUUACAAAUAUGAAUUCAAUUAAUACAUUUAAUCAUAAAAUUCAUUUAACAUUGGAUGUACGUCGACAAGAAAUACGUAAAUUAACAAGUAUUCAUUUAUUAUUACAAAAAAUUCAAUAUUUAUUUCAAUUACCAACAAAAUUGAAAGAAUAUGCAAAUUUAGGACAAUAUGAUCAAGCUGUACAUACGUAUACUAAAGCAUUGAAAGCACUUAAAAAAUAUGAACAUAUACCAUCAUUUAAUCAUAUUCAAACAACUUGUACAGAUACAAUGAAUGUUAUAAGAGAACAAUUAAAACAAGAAUUUGAUCAACAACAACAAGCAUCGAUCGAAGUUAUCGAAUUAUUAUUAGAAUUAGGAGAAUCACCAGACUAUUUAUCAGAACAAUUUCUCAUGCAAAAUCAACAACGUUUACAACAACCAUUAGAUUUAAUGAAACAACAAUUGAUUGUUGCCGAAAAUCAAUUCACAACUAAACAACAACAAUCUAGUGGACAAGUUCCUAUGGAUAUAUUAGAUUUUGUUGAUUCAAGCUAUAAUAACUAUUUGAAAAAUGUUUAUUUAUUCGUUGAAUCAUAUGAGAAUUUAUUUAUACGUAACAAUGAGAUUUCUGAUGAUGAAUUUAAAGAACGUUGUAAAUAUAAUAUUGAAACAUUUAUAUUAAAUUUAUACGAUAAUUAUUUGAAAUUUAUCUAUGAUCUUUAUAAAUCAAAAUAUUAUGGUUGUGAUGAUGAUACACAAUUAUAUGUACGUUCAAUUGAUCGUUUUAUUCGUCGUUCAACAAUCGAUAUCAAUAAAUAUAUGAUUACACAACGAUCAUUAGAAAAAAUUAAAUUAUAUCUUGAUGAAUUUCUUCUUUAUGCAAUUGAAUGUCGUCUAAAAUAUUAUCAUAAUAUUAUUGAAAAACAUUAUCACGAACAAAUAAUUGAUCUAAGAAAAUCAUUGACCAUGUUAAAUAAUAAUUCAGAAUCAAAUUCAUUAUCUCCAACAAUCAAAACAGUAUCCUCUUCUUCAUCACCAAAUCUAAUGGAUUAUGUUGAUAAAAUGUUAAAACAAAUAACUAAUGAUAUUAAACAAACAUUUCAAAAUUUAUCAUUAUUUUUAUCAAAUGAUAUACAAUUUUCAAAAAAAAAUUCAACAUUUUCGAGACAAUUUUCAUCUCAUUAUGUUUGGGAUAAUUUGUUUCUCAAUUUAUUAAAUAAAUUAUGUUCACAUUUUGAACAAGAAUAUACAACAAAUUUAACUGUAUCAUCUGUUAUUAAAUCAUCUUCUUCAUCGUUAUAUGAACAAUCGUCACCACCUAUUCUUUUACUCAUGUUAAGUAAAUUUGUAUUAAAUUUUGAUUCAAGUUCAAUACCUUAUUUAUGUACAAUAUUUGAAGAAAAAUUUAAUAUUGUUUUAGAGAGUACAUCACAACGUACUGGUAAUACAAAUGAUCCAAGUAAAAUGAAUUUGUCAACUGUUGAUCGUUCAAAAUUAACUGCGGUUCAAAAACAUUUUCAAUCUAUUGCUAAACAAUUACUUAAACAAUAUAUAUGUUUACAAGGUUUUACAUUAUCACAAAUGUUAAGAAAAUCAAUUGAAGCUCGAGAUUGGUUAAAUCCUAUAGAACCACGUCAUGUACGUUCAGUAAUGAAACGAAUAAUUGAAGAUUUAACAGUAAUUGAUAAACAAGUACUCAUGUUAUAUAAUGAUCAUCCUCAACAACAACAAUAUGGCCGUAGUAAUUAUCCUCAUCGUUAUCAUACAACAAGUGCAAGAACAGGUACGAGAAGUUCCGAUAGUGGUCGACGUACCAUCAUUAUGCCAAGAAAUUUAAAUAAUCGAGGCGGAGAUGGAAGUGGUUCAACAACGGGUGCUAGCGGUAGUAAUCUAAUGAAUUUUCAUAAAGUAUUUAAUGAAAAAUUAGAUAUAUUUAUUGAUUUACAAUUUCAAAAGACGUCAAUUCUAUCAAGUGUUAUUAAAUUAUUAUUAAAAACUUAUAUGGAAUGUAUUCGAUUGAAAACAUUUAGUCGUUAUGGUUUACAACAAGUACAAGUUGAUAUCAAUUAUUUAUAUAAUUAUCUUUGGUCAUUUGUUAAUAAUGAUGAUAGAUUUAUUACAAAUUUAUUAGAGGAAAUAAUUAGUAGCACAGUGGCAAGAUGUUUAGAACCAAUACUAAUGGAAGCAAGUGUUAUUGAAAUUGAACAAGAUUAUGAACGAUGGCCACAUUAUAAUGGAGAAAUAAUUGACAAUUUAAUUGUAAUAAAAGAUGUUGAACAGGGUGACACAUUGAUUCGUUAUGGAAGUUUUGGUAAACUAGAGUAUUCAAGAAUGGACAUAACAUGUUCAAUGAAAACGGUAUCGAACAAUAAAAAUCAAUAUGAAAAACCGUAUCGUUUAAGAGAAAUUUCAGAAUUGAUAAGUGAAGAAGAUAACGAAUAUCCUAUACCAAUUUCAUCUGAAUUUGAAGAAGCAUUUAUCAAUGAGUUAAAUCAAAUAAAAUUUGUUUCUGUUGAUGAUAUUCGAAGAAAAAAUCAGCAAGAAUGUCGACAAUUUAUUGAACAAACAAGAAUUAAUAAAAAAGAAACACAUGAAAAUAUUUUAGACAUAAAUAUAGAAGAAGAUAGUCAACCAACAUCGUCGACGACAUUGAUUGUCAAAGAAGAUGUUUAUCUUCUUCCAGAAGAAGCAUUAUUUCUAAGCCAUGGAUUAAGUUGUUUGGUUGUAUACGAUAAUAAACACCCGUUAACUGUAGAAGAUUUAUGGAUAAAACUUAAUCAGAUUGAUACAAAAUUUUCGGUUAAAUACGCUGUUUAUUAUUAUUUUCGUAGUGCCGGUUGGAUUGUGAAAUCUGGAAUGAAAUUUGGUUGUGAUUAUAUAUUAUAUCGUUUUGGGCCAGCAUAUAAUCAUGGUGAUUAUUGUUUAACAAUACGUAAUUUUUGGUCAAAAAGUUGUUCAUCAUGGACAUUUUUAGCCGGUUUAAAUCGAACAAGUUUAACUGCCAAAAAAACUUUACUACUAUGUUCGGUACAAUUACCACCUUCAAUCGAUAAAAUUGAUUUAUUUAUCAAACAAAUGCAGAUAAAUACAAUGGAAAUAAAUCGCUGGGUACCAAAACAACGUCUUGCUUUAUUAUACAUUUCCAAUAUUUAUUUUUGGUCUGGUACCAAUUGUUCAUCGACAGAACGAAUUGAUGGAAAGACUGUUGUCAUCACAGGCGCAAGUAGUGGCAUCGGUGGUCAUAUUAUCAUAGCCUGUCGAAAUCGAGAACGGGCUGAAAAAGCUUGUCAUGAAAUAAAACAAAAAUCGGGUAGUAAUAAAGUGGAAAUUGAACUCAUCGAUGUGUCUUCAUUGGACUCGGUACGCCAAUGUGUUCGUCGAUUAAAUAAAAAAUUAGAUAAAUUAGAUAUUUUGAUAAAUAAUGCUGGUAUCAUGAUGGUACCGUAUGAAAAAUCACCUGAUGGAUAUGAACUACAUUUAGCCACAAAUCAUCUAGGACACUUUUUAUUGACAAAUUUAUUAUUAAAUCUAAUGAAAAAAGCUCCAAAAGCAAGAAUUAUCAAUAUAUCUUCUGUAGCACACAAAUUAUUUAAUGCAAAAAUGAAAUGGGAUGAUCUUAAUUUUGAAAAAUCUUAUUCAAGAAUUGAUGCUUAUGGUUGUUCAAAAUUAUGUAAUAUUUUAUUUACACGAGAAUUAGCCAAACGUUUGAUAGGUAAUCUAAAAAAUGAAUCUUAUUUAUUCAGUUAUCAAUUAACGUAUCAAAUUAUAUUUAUAGGAACAAAUAUAACAGCAAAUUGUCUUCAUCCUGGUGUAGUUCGAACAGAAUUAAUGCGUAAUCUUGGUGGAUCAUAUGCAUCGUUAUCGGCACUAUUUCUUAAAAUAAUGUUACCAAUCUGGUGGUUUAUAUCGAAAAAUAGUGUACAAGGAGCUCAAACUACAAUCUAUUUAGCUGUUGAUAAACAACUUGAUACAACAACAGGACAAUAUUUUAGUGAUUGUGCAAAAUCAAGAACAACAGCAGCUGCUCUGGAUGAUGCAUCAGCUACUCGACUUUGGCAUUUAUCUGAGAAUAUGACAAAUUUAUCUGCAACAUUAAUUGAAAUUGAAAAAGAAAAACAUGAAUAA